GCCACAUCUUGCUCUAGCAUCUUUAUUUGAUGACGAAGGGCUCUCAUACAGGCCCAUCGGCCAUAUAUCUUGCUCCGUCAUCUUUAUUUGAUAACGAGAAGCUCAUCUAUAGGCCCCUCGGCCAUAUACCGCUCUGUCAUCUUUAUUUGAUGACGAAGAGCUCAUCUACAGGCCCAUCGGCCAUAUACCGCUCUGUCAUCUUUAUUUGAUGACGAGGAGCUCAUCUACAGGCCCAUCGGCCAUAUAUUAUUCUGUCAUCUUUAUUUGAUGGCGAAGAGCUCAUCUACAGGCCCAUCGGCCAUAUAUUAUUCUGUCAUCUUUGUUUGAUGACAAAGAGCUCAUCUACAGGCCCAUCGGCCAUAUAUUAUUCUGUCAUCUUUGUUUGAUGACGAAGAGCUCAUCUACAGGCCCAUCGGCCACAUAUCGUUCUGUCAUCUUUAUUUGAUGACGAGGAACUCAUCUAUAGGCCCCUGAGCCAUAUCUCGCCCCGUCGUCUUUAUUUGACGACGUGGAGCUCUUAUGCAGGCCCCUCGGCCAUACAUCGCCCCGUCGUCUUUAUUUGACGAUGUGGAGCUCUUAUCCAGGCCCCUCGGCAACACAUCGCCCCUUCGUCUUUAUUUGACGACGUGGAGCUCUCAUAUAUGCCUCUCGGCCACUACUCCCAGUCAUCUUUAUUUGAUGACGUGGAGCUCACAUCGGCCCAUCGGCCUCAUAUUCUGGUCAUCUUUAUUUGAUGAACCAGACAUCAUAUUAUGGACGGUCGCUCGACCCAUCCCUUAGUCAUCUUUAUUUGAUGACUAGGACUACUGAUCAUGACGAGCUACCCACAUCUAUGGAUCGGCCUCUGCCAUCCCCUCGCUGCAGCUCCACCUCUAGGCCGAAGGGCUCGCACCUAUUGUUUCGUUCUGGGGGCAUCCGAUGUACUCUUUUUCCCUCAUUAGGAUUUUUUCCCACAGGGUUUUUCCUAAUGAGGUUUUUAACGAGGCAUCUCCCCAUUGUGGAUCAAAAGGUGUCAACCCUCGGCCCCCUGUUGCAGACAUCAUCAGACAUGCAUUACUCUACUCCUCUUCACCUCGUUACACUCGCCUCAAGGAGUGGGGGACUGGGAGAGCGGGGGACUUAGUGCCUUCGCUACCAAAGAAGCAGAAAUUCAAAAUUUUUGCAAGGAUUGCCACACGCACCGACGACAUCAUCAUCUCACAUACAUAUUCAGCUGCCACAUCGGCCAGUACAUAUACAUAGCUCCCCGGCCUCAGGACCGGUGGUGAUGGUCUCUAGCCUGCGACCUUCGGCUGAGGAUUUUCCCACAGGGUUGCCUCAGCCAGGGCUCACCAGUGGGAUCGGAUCAUCGGCUUGGGAAUCCGGGCGGGGCGCUUCGGUGACGACAGCGGUUUACUCACCAGACGACGACAGAUCAGCA